AUGCCAGAAUUUUCUUACUGCCGUUCGGAAAUAUAUCUGGCGGAUUUUUUUUUCUUCCUGAACGUUCUCGUGCGUCGCAGAGUCGGUGGGAAGCUUUGGAUCACCGCCGGGGACUCCGCGUUACGCACGAAGCCGAGCCUUCAGCCGCGCACCAUGAAGGUAACCUUUGGCGCUCUGGUCAUCACCGCCGGGGUCUGCGGCGUCCUCAGCUUCGCCUGUCUGGCGACUUCCCUCGGAACCGAUUAUUGGUACAUCAUAGAGAUCAACCCGAUGAACACGACCGAGUUUGAGGACAUGAGCUCUCACUCGGGAUUGUGGCGCGUCAACGAAGGAGGGAAGAUGCAUCCUUACUCCAUUGAUUCAUUUGCAGCCGAUUCCUCCAAAUACACCGAGACGGAACUGCGCAUGCUGAGCAUGCACAGAGCCGUCGUGGUGAUGGUGCCGCUCAGCCUGGUGCUCCUGUUGUUUGGGGGGAUCUGCGGGCUGGUCAGCGCCCUGGCUCGGAGCCCCGCGCUGCUCACCGGCACGGCCUGCUACUUCUACACCAGCAGCCUACUGACUCUUUGCGGUGCGAGUCUCUACAUCGUCUACUCCGACCAGGCGCUGGCGGAGACGAAGCGCCUGGUGGGGCCCGAGGGCCUGGCCUACAUCCACACCUCCUUCGGCUGGUCUCUGGGCCUGGCCUGGCUCUCCUACGGCCUGGAGCUGCUCACCGGAACUCUGCUGCUCGGAGCCGCACAAAUGGCCAGGAUGCAGCAGAGAGGGCCCAGUAAGGCCUGACGCUGCUGAUCCCUGAACGAACUAUACACAAACUGAAGCGACAACGGUGUAGACAACUUGCUUUUUUUUGUUUGUUUGUUUUUUCCAGGUGGUGCAAGAGUUUCACAGGGACAGAUUGAGCUGUGAACAAUUGUGCCCCCUUGUGGUGUGUACCAAGGUCCCUCCUCAUUUUGGAGUUGUCGAUCAUGGGGUUUUAUUCGAGUAUGUAUGUAAAAAGCAACAUCUGUAAAGUGUCCCCUCUGCAAACCUUUCCUUUGUUUUUGUCAUUAUAUGAGUCCUAUUUGCUGCGUUCAGUUGGAUAACCGAAACAAAGUGUUCAUGUAAAACGUGCAAAAGAAUUAUACAGUUUUGUCACAUGCAAUGGUUUAAAAAUGUCCGUGUGCGUCAACAUUUUUGCUGCUCUCUGACAUUUCAAGACGGUUGUCACUUCAUUGUACAGUGAUUUGUAUGUGUUCAUACGUUAACCUUCCUAUGAACUGUUGGGUUGCAACCACAGACACCAAUGGACUGUUUUGCCAGUGCAUGAUUGCAGAGUAGCUUUUCAAAAUGAUAACACUCUAAAAACUGUGCCCUCCAUUUGUACUCAGCUCCCUGAUGGUGUGAUUACUGGAGACUGAAUCUGUCAUCCGAGAUCUCAAAGCCUGGUCUCUUCGUGGGGACCAGGCUUCGGUCCCCACAAGAGCAGUGCGUCCCCACAACAUAGUAUGUGUCAGGAAAAUGGUCCCCACAAGGUAAUACGAGCAAAUAUGCACACGCACACACACACACAUAAAAAUUCUAAGGUAAACUAAAAUUAGUGUUAGAUAAAAUGUACCUUUAAGUUUUGAAUUCAGCAAUGAACAAUUAACUCGAGUCUCAGUGAGCGACGUUUUUAACUUUGCUGGUUUGCAAUGGUCUGCUCACACUGCAGUAGGUCUUGUUAUUCUUUUUCAUUUGUAAAUACAUUUCAGAAAGGGCUGGACAUGAGCACAGAGUGGAUUCUCGUUGCUCUUUGUCUGUUUUCGUCACAUGUUGUGGCGACUCUGUGCGCUCCCUUCUUCUUGGUUUAUUCUUGCUUGUUUCUCUUGAGGAAAUGUUGAUGGUUAAGUGUUGCUUGUUACCUUAAUUGUUGUAAUUGAUGAAAAACUAGGAUUUGUCAUUAAAUAUGAAAAAUCAACUUUUUUCCUCUACUGUUUGUCAUAUUUUGCUUUUAUUUUGUUAUUACAAGUAACACCAAAA